UAACUUUGACCGAUCUACACACCCCCGUAGGUACUCAAAGCUUUGUAAACUGGAGCUUGGAUAAAUAUUUUUUGGCUAUUCCUUACCACUGAUUUAUCUACUACUUUUAUCAUGAAUGAUCAAAGUGCAGAUGUAAUGGAAACACGGUAUGAAACAACAGUUUCCGAAGAAGAUAUUAUUAAAGUCAGCGACAGCCAUGGAAACGUUAUGGAAUUUUUGGAAUAUGGCGGACAGUGCAUCAGUGCCAGAGGGGUAAAACUGGGAAGGUUUCCCAACCCCAAAACCAAUUUCCCGAGAUUGAAAGAGAUUAAUAUCAAACCAGAAGACUGUUUUCUGUGUGCUUAUCCAAAAGCAGGAACACAUUGGACUUGGGAAAUCAUGAGUAUGAUUAUUCAGCAAAGCGCAGAAUACCAUCCACUGAAGAAGGAAACCCACAUGAUAGAAUUCAACACCCCGGAAGUGCUGGAGUCCGUGACGUCACCACGAGUGUUUAACACCCACCUACGACCAAAUAAUAUGCCUCAGCAAUUUUUUCAGAAACGCUGCAAGACAGUUUUUGUUCAACGCAAUCCCAAAGACGUAGCAGUGUCGUUUUAUUAUCAUUGUAUCCAAACGACAAAAUUUCCCGGCACUUUCAUUCAGUUUAUGGACUUUCUCAUGGAAAAACACGGGCCAA